UCAACCCACCAGCGGCAAGUGGGCGGAGACUCUAACUGGCAACGCGUUGAACACAACAGGGGACUGAAGAACAAACUUGUUAGGUAAGGGGUAAGCUAUUCUAGUGAGCUGGAAUUCUAUUCUACAUUUAGGCCAAACUUGUACCUACAUUUCAUUUUAUCAAGGGAAUUGUUACACACCAAAUAAGGGUUUAUAACGGAUGGAAAAGUUUUGGAAAACAAGAACCAAGGAUGUCGGCUAUGGGUGAACUACGGACAACAUGAUAGGCUGGCUCUGCAUAACUAUUUGCAAAAAUCACAGCUCUUGACUCUGAACCCAGUAUUUUAAAAAUAUUGUUUUGUUUCUGUUAUGUGGAAUACUUCUGAGGGACAAUGAAUUGUAAUGUUUGUUUGGAGGUCGCGUUUACAUUAUGAGGCCGAUUAGCUUUGCUGGAGUUCAAAUGGACAAAGAGAGUGGUUCACUAGUCUUCACCGACCGAGCAGACAGAACCUGGAUCUAAAGUGAGGUUCGACUGCCGACUUCAGUGCCAUAACUUCACAAACAUAGACUUUUGAAUAUCGGACCCACUGCGAGGAAAUUAUGUGGCGCCCAUGGCAGUUGGUGUACCGUACAGCCUUUGGCUGCAUGGUUCUGGAAAUAUUUAUUCACAAUGUUGCACAAGGUCUGAAUGUGUGUAUGAGUGGCAGCGCUAUGUCUUGUGAAGAAUGCCUCAUCAUCCAUCCAAGCUGUGCCUGGUGUGCGCAAGAGAAGUUUGGCAGUGCGAGGACCCUGACGUCGCGGUGUGACCUGCGUCAGAACCUGCAGAAGAGGGGCUGUGAAGCCCAUCAUAUGGAGAGUCCCAGUAGCAGCACCACGGUAGUGAAGAGCGAACCCCUCAGCUCCAAAGGCUCCGGGCCUACCCAGUAUGAUGUCAUCCAGAUCAUGCCCCAGAAGAUCUCCCUCAGUCUCCGACCAGGUGACCAGACAUCGUUCAAAGUGCAGGUGCGUCAAGUGGAGGACUACCCAGUGGACCUGUACUACCUGAUGGACCUGUCUCUGUCCAUGAAGGACGACCUGGACACCAUCAGGAACCUGGGCACCAAACUGGCUGAUGAGAUGAGGAAACUCACCAGCAACUUUAGACUGGGCUUCGGAUCCUUUGUCGACAAGAACAUGUCCCCCUUCUCCUACACGGCCCGCAAGUACCAGGACAACCCCUGCAAUGGAUACAAACUGUUCCCCAGCUGUGUCCCCUCCUUUGGGUUUCGCCACCUCCUCUCCUUGACUGACAAAGUGGAUCGCUUCAACGAGGAAGUGCAGAAACAGAUGGUGUCUCGCAACAGAGACGCUCCGGAGGGAGGCUUCGAUGCCAUCCUGCAGGCUGCCGUCUGUAAGGAGAGGAUAGGCUGGAGGAAGGAGGCCUUCCACCUGCUGGUGUUUGCCACAGACGAUGUGCCUCACCUGGCCUUGGACGGUAAGCUGGGGGGGCUGGUCCAGCCCCAUGAUGGGGAGUGCCACAUGAAUGAGAAGAAUGAGUACAGUGGCUCCACCAACAUGGACUACCCCUCUCUGGCUCUACUGGGAGAGAAGCUGGCUGCAAACAACAUCUAUCUCAUCUUCGCUGUGACAAAAAGGCUCUAUGUCAUUUACAAGAAUUUUACAGCACUGAUACCUGGAACCACAGUGGAGAUUCUGGAUCAGGACUCCAAGAACAUCAUACAACUCAUCGUUAACGCCUACAAUAACAUCCGGUCCAAGGUGGAGCUGACCGUGUGGGAUCAACCUGAAGACCUCAGUCUGUCCUUCACUGCCACCUGUCAGGACGGACAGCCUCUCCCAGGCCUCAGGAAGUGUGCCGACCUCAAGAUUGGAGACACGGUGUCCUUCAACGUGAGUGUAGACGCCAGAGGCUGCCCCGCCCCAGGUACCCAGCAGAGCUUCACCAUCAAGCCUGUGGGCUUCAAGGAUCGUCUGGAGGUGUCUGUGGACUACCGCUGUGACUGUGGCUGCACCGACCAGACCCAGGCUAACAGUACCCACUGCAGCUCCAUUGGACAGUACACUUGUGGUAUCUGCCGCUGUGACCCGGGCUACCUGGGUGCCCGCUGUGAGUGCCAGGAGGGUGAGGCUGGCAGCAUGUACCUGAGCGCCUGCAGGCAGGCUGAGGGGAUGCAGAUCUGUGGUGGGAGAGGGGAGUGCAGCUGUAACCAGUGCCUCUGCUAUGAGUCAGAGUUCGGGAAAAUCUACGGGACCUUCUGCGAGUGUGACGACUUCUCCUGCGCCCGACACAAGGGCAUCCUCUGCUCGGGUCACGGAGAGUGCCACUGUGGAGAGUGUAAGUGCCAUGCGGCAUAUCGGGACAACUGUAACUGUUCCAUGGACACCUCAUCCUGUGUGUCUGACGGGCAAAUCUGCAGCGGGCGGGGCCAGCUGUGCGUGCGGCGCUGCCAGUGCACUGAACCAGCCUUCGGGGACACCUGCGAGAAAUGCCCCUGCCCUGAUGCCUGUGGCACCAAGAGGGAAUGCAUCGAAUGCCGGCUUUUCAGCUCUGGAAGACUGUCCGACAACCAGACCUGCCAGCGGCUAUGCAAGGAUGAGAUCAUCACCGUGGAAACGCUUAAAACAGAUGACCCCAACGCUGUCCUCUGCCUGUACAAGACGGAGAACGAAUGUGUGAUGAAGUUCACGUACUCUGAACACGCCAACGGCAUGUCAGUCCUCACAGCUCUCAAAGAGCCAGAGUGUGGCGCAUCGCCGGACGCCAUGACGGUCCUCCUGGCGGUGGUGGGCAGUAUCCUGCUGGUGGGCAUCGUGCUGCUAGCCAUCUGGAAGCUGGUCAUCACCGUGCACGACCGCAGAGAGUUCGCCCGCUUCCAAAGCGCACGCUCACGCGCACGAUAUGAGAUGGCCUCCAACCCCGUGUACAAGCAGCCCAUCUCCAACGACUAUGUAGAAACCGAUUUCACUAUGUACAGCAAGUCUUACAACGGAGCAGCCCACUGACCUCCUCCACACGGGGUGUUGGUGUGGCGGGGGGCACGGCAGGACCGGUCCAAGUAGAGAACCAAGAGGGUUGGGAAAUGAAGAAAUGAACUCAACCAUCUAUCUGAUCUGCCUUAAGACUUAUGACGGACUGAAACAGAAGUGAAAAUAGUAGUCUGGAUUGUUUCUGGGGAACCUGUGGCCUUUUCUCUCCCUGACUGAGAAGGGAAAUUACCCACUGCCAUGACGUGAUGAGAUGUGACUGAAAGCUCUGGUCUGCCCUGUGUGCUUUACUGAGCUCUGGUCUGCCCUGUGUGAUUUACUGAGCUCUGGUCUGCCCUGUGUGAUUUACUGAUGUCAGUAGAAUACAGCCCAGAGGACGAGCAACAACAUUCAUGGACUCUUGGUCUGGAACUUGUUUAAAGAAGACAGAGAUAAUAAUAUGUGCUCCUCCGAGUCUUUUCUCCAACUAACAAGCAGAUGUUAUAUAAACAAAAUUGACUUCGUAGACAGAACAAUGAAACCAUGUCUGUCACUGACAAUUUGAGUGAAUUUACCAACUUUUAAGUACAUAAACCAUAACUCCUCCUUCACAUAAGCAGCAAUAUAUACAUUGUACAGACAGACAAGGCAUCAACUUAUAUUUUUGUUUUUUUUACUCUGAAAAAUGCCUUUCCUGACAGUCAACUAUGCAUCCUCCUUCAUAACAAGUGGAAAUAUUCAAUAAUGUAACGUUACAUCAGCAGGAGUCGUUCAGGUUCAUGACAUAAAAAGAGCACAUAUUUUUGGGUGACGAUGACGUUGACAUCAUGGUACUAAACAUUAAAAGAGCACUAGUUUUCUUAUCCUUGUUUUACACGACAGAUGAUGAUGUUAUUAGGAGAGUCUCAUAAAGUGACUAAGAAUCUC